AUGGCUCUCAACACAAUUGAAAGGUUUCAUGUCACGAUCCCAGUCUCAAUACAGUUUGAGUCCAAUGCACAGGGUGUCCAUGUCGUUGGUGUAUCCAUGCCAGAUGAACGCGUGUCUAUCACGGGUAUCGACGAUGAGCCUUCAAUUGCACAGACAAAAUUCGAGCCUGAUGACAAAGUAUGGCCCGAAGGAUUGCAAGACCUAGGUCUCAUCGCCGCGAAUGAGUCUCUCGCCUGUCCGGAUUUCUCUCACAUCGAGUAUUUUACGCUACAUGAAGAACCUCUUAUUAUCUAUAUCCCCAACUUUGUUUCUCCGGAUGAGAUUGCGCACUUGUUGGAGACUACGAAAGAAACCUUCACUCCAUCUGUGGUCUACAGGCAGGGAGUAAGUAGCAACGACGAAAACUUCCGAAAAUCAGAGAAUGCGUGGCCUCCACGGGACGAAGUUCUGCAAUGUAUCGAACAAAGGGCAGUCCGCUAUCAGAACUUAGAGUCAAAACUUCUCAUGGAACAGUUGUCUCUUCAACUUUACCGUGAGAAUGGCUUCUUUUCGUAUCACCAUGACCAGUUCGACUCGCCGCCCAAUCGCCUCAACCGCUAUUCGACGUACAAUGUCUUCCUGCAAGGCGACUGUACUGGGGGUGGUACCCACUUCCCUUUGAUUCCCCGACCAGCAGAAACUGCUUGGUGUAACUACAUCGACUGCGACGCGACCGAGCCCGGAGUGAUCUUCAAGCCAAUUGCUGGCAGCGCCGUCUACUGGGUCAAUAUCCGAGAGGAUGGACUCGGAUAUAGGGAAACACUUCAUGCGGGUAUGCCCGUAACAUCGGGCACGAAAGUCGGUAUGAACAUUUGGAGCUGGAAGGAUACGAGAGAGGAUGUAAUCCAAGAGGGAACCUUGCAUGUACAAUAA